AUGGCCGUCGACCCGCCCGCGAAGCGCCGCGCGUCGGGCUUCCGCCGCAUCCGCGACCAGCGCGAUCUGCGCCCCCACGUCAACCAGCGCCCGGCGGGCAGGCGUGUCGACGCCUCGGGGGCGUUCUUAUCGCCGCUGAGGCAGCUGACGACGAACAUCGUGGACACGUACCGGAUCGCGAACCCCGCGUUCAAGUACGAGUCGACGCACAACCCGCGGCGCGUGCUCACCAAGCCGAGCAAGGCGAUGCACAACGACGGGUACGACAACGAGGACUACGACUAUAUCCUCUACGUCAACGACUGGCUAGGCGCCGAGGAGACGCAUAAGUACUUGAUAUUGGAUGUGCUCGGCCAGGGCACCUUCGGCCAGGUCGUCAAGUGUCAGGACCUCAAAACGCACGACGUCGUUGCCGUCAAAGUCGUCAAAAACAAGCCCGCGUACUUCAACCAGAGUAUGAUGGAGGUCACCAUCCUCGAACUGCUGAACAACCAGUGCGAUCCGCACGACGAGCACCACAUCCUGCGCCUGCGUGACUCGUUCAUCCACCGGAACCACCUGUGCCUCGUGUUCGAGUUGCUCUCGUCGAAUCUUUACGAGCUCAUCAAGCAGAACCAGUUCCAGGGCCUCAGCACACAGCUCGUCAAGGUCUUUACCGCGCAGCUCCUCGACGCGCUCUCCGUGCUCAAGGACGCGCGCCUGAUUCACUGCGAUCUCAAGCCCGAGAACAUAUUGCUCAAAUCGCUGCAGUCGCCGCAGAUCAAGGUGAUCGACUUUGGCUCGGCGUGCCACGAGCGGCAGACGGUGUACACGUAUAUCCAGUCGCGCUUCUACCGCUCGCCGGAGGUGCUGCUCGGCCUGCCGUACACCGCCGCGAUCGACAUGUGGUCGCUCGGGUGCAUCGCCGUCGAGCUCUUCCUCGGGCUCCCGCUCUUCCCUGGUACGAGCGAGUAUAACCAGGUCACGCGCAUCGUCGAGAUGCUCGGGUGCCCCCCGUCGUACAUGAUGGACAUGGGCAAGCAGACCGGCCAGUUCUUCGAUACCUUCCACGAUAUGUACGGGAGGAAGAAAUACCGCCUCAAAACUCUCGAACAGUACUCGCGGGAGCACGGCACGAACGAGCAGCCGGGGAAGCAGUACUUCAAGGCGACCUCGCUGCCCGAGAUCGUCAACGGCGCGCCGAUGCCCACGUUCAAGUCUGGGCGCCAGGGCCCCGAGAUGGAUAAAGAACUCAAUAAUCGCGCGUCGUUCAUCGACUUUUGUUCGGGGCUGUUGAACAUGAACCCGAUCGAGCGGUGGUCGCCGCAGCAGGCGAGGAUGCACCCGUUCAUCACGGGCGAAAAAUACACAAAGCCCUACCUGAACCCGAACCCGCCCGCGAACACGUACUACCCGUCGACGCGCAUGCGCGCGAACACGAUCAACAACAUGGACAACGUCCCGCCCGCGCUCGCGCGC